AUGUCUGGCGCUUUGCUUCUGGUUUUAGGUUGUCUGGUGCUGCAGUCAGCUGAUGGGAAGCUGGAUUACAUUUCUAAGGGACAGGGGAUGCAGUUGCAGGGUGACAUUAGCAUCGCUGGACUUUUUCCACUCCACUACACAGAUGGCUUCACUUCAAACCUGCCUGCACUGGUCCCAUGUGAUGUAGGGAGUCCCAACAAACACGGCUUUCACUUGAUGCAAGCCAUGAGAUUCACUGUGGAAGAAAUCAACAACGGCACCGGGCCGCUGUCUCUCUUACCAGGGGUGAAGCUGGGCUACCAAAUGUACGACGUGUGCUCCGCACCGGCCAGCGUCCUGGCCACUCUGGACCUGCUGGUGCCACUGUCCCCCUAUGCCCCCGUGGCAGAAGGCAACGCACAGGCAAACAACAGCCAAGCAGCCGUGGCUGUGAUUGGACCAGACAGCAGCACCAACACCUUCACUCCCGCGUCCUUCCUUGGGGCUUACCUCAUGCCAGAAAUCUCCUAUGAGGCAUCAAGUCAAUUACUGACCAACAGGUUCCUCUAUCCGUCCUUCUUCAGAACAAUUCCCAGUGACAAGAACCAGGUGGCGGCGAUAAUCCAGCUGCUGGUCCAUUUCCAGUGGACUUGGGUCGCUCUGUUGGGCAGUGACAACGACUACGGCCUGGGCGGCAUGCAGAGCCUGUCCCAGCAAGCCUCAGAGCACGGCAUCUGCAUCGCCUACCAGGGAAUCAUCCCCCCGCUGAAGGACAGCACCGUCGGCACCAUGAGGAGCAUGGUGGACGGCAUCCUGAAGACCAAGGUCAACGCCAUCGUCGUGUUCUCGAGCAAGUCCAAGCUCAGCGCCUUCUUCCCGUUCGUCAUCGAGAGGAACGUGACGCAUAAAGUGUGGAUCGGUACGGAGGACUGGUCGGCAGCCACGCUCAUAUCAGGGAUUCCUGGGAUCCACACCAUCGGCACGGUGAUCGGCAUCGCCCUCAAGCAUUCAUCCAUUUCUGGGUUCGAGGUGUUCGAGAGGCGGUUGGUCGCGGCCGCGCUGCAGCAGAGCGGCGCUCAGAGCGGGUCCGGCUCCACCGGCCAGAACGUCUGCCUGCAGAGCACGGACCUGCACGGCCUCGCCAGGCAGAACGUCUCGCUGGACGGGUACGACACGACCUCUGCGUUUAACGUGUACAAGGCGGUGUAUGCCGUGGCGCACGCCCUGCACCGAGCCCUGGGGUGUGACUCUGUGGCCUGCCAGAAAAACACUGUGUACCCAUGGGAGCUUCUCUCAGACCUCAAGCAGGUGGACUUUUCCAUAGGGAACGAGUCUGUUUACUUUGACAGUAAUGGUGACCCACCCACAGGUUAUGACAUCGUUUCCUGGGUCUGGAGCGGGACGGAUUGGUCUCUCAAGCUGGUUGGCACCUUUAGUCCAGAUCCCGUUACGCUCACAAUUGCUGAUAAUAAAAUCCAGUGGCACGACGUGAGAAAUUUAAAACCUGUACCGGAGUCCAUCUGCUCUCCACCCUGCUCAGCCGGCUACAAGAAGGUUCUGAGAGGGCAGCACAUAUGCUGCUUCGACUGCUUUAUUUGUCCCGCUGACACGUUUGUCACUCCAAAAGACCCCACCACAUGCCAGAGGUGUGUGCCUGAGCAGUGGGCUCCUCCAGGCUCUUCGCGGUGUCUGGACCGGACCGUGCUGCUGCUCGCCUGGGACGACCCCCUGGCCAUCGCGCUGCUCGUCUUCCUCGCCGCCUGCCUCCUCGCGACCUCUGGCUGUGCGACGGUCCUCCUGCUCAACCUGAACACGCCCGUGGCCAAGUCCGCCGGCGGCCGCACCUGCCUCCUGAUGCUGGCAGCGCUGAGCGUCGCCGCCAUGAGCUCUUUGUGCUAUUUUGGCAGGCCGUCUCCCCUGGCCUGCCUCCUCAAGUACCCUCUAUUCAUCUUCUCCUUCACUGUGUGUCUGGCCUGCAUCACCGUGCGCGCCCUCCAGGUCGUCUGCAUUUUCAAAUUUGCAUCCAAGCUGCCGCCGGCCUACGACAAGUGGGCCAAGAACCGCGGGCCGGAGUUCACCAUCCUCCUGGCGUCGCUCACCAUCUUGCUCAUAUCUGUGGUCCGCGUGUCCCUCAACCCCCCCCGCCCGUCCCGGGAUCUUACCUUCUACCAGGAGAGCAUAGUCCUGGAGUGCAGCAACACGCUCUCGCCUGGCGCAGGCGUGGAGCUGGCGUAUGUGGCACUGCUCAGUGUCCUCUGCUUCUGUUUCAGCUACAUGGGAAAAGACCUGCCGGCCAACUACAACGAGGCCAAGUGCGUCACCUUCAGCCUCAUGGUCUACAUGAUCUCCUGGAUGAGCUUCUUCACGCUCUACCUCGUCAGCAGGAGCCCUUUCGUCAUGGCCGCCAACGUGUUCGCCAUCCUCUUCAGUGUCCUCGCCUUCCUCGCCGGCUACUUCCUGCCCAAAGUCUACAUUAUUGUGCUGAAGCCACAAUUGAACACAACUGCUCAUUUCCAGAACUGUAUUCAAAUGUAUACUAUGAGUAAACAAUGAGGCCUGUAAUAAGUUUGUGGGACAAAAAGUAGUGAAGAGCAGUAAUAAACAAUGUUCAG